UACACGAGUGUCAGUCUAAAUCACCCAGUCCUUCCACACUUCACUGACCGGAUGACCGCACCUCUACUCGCGGAGAUAUGGACCUAAUAAUUUAACAAGUCGCUAUUGGAUUUUUAUCGGCAUUAUCAGUUUGAUUUGCAGGUCCUGGCAGAGUUGUGCAGACUCAGGACAACUGAGCUUUGGAGGAAUACGCAGAUUUAAAAAGGUGUGCGAUGGGGAACUCGUAUGCAGGCCAGUUGAGGACCACACGUUUUGAGGAGGUGCUUCAUAACUCCAUCGAGGCUUCUCUCCGCUCCAACACUGUGGUGCCACGGCCUGUCUUCUCACAGCUCUACCUGCAGGCAAAGCAGACAACCCUGCACAACGGCCGGGUAGAGAAUGAGGAUGAGGAGGAGGAAGAUGGCUCAGAGUCCAACAGCCCUCCCGUCCCGUACAAGAUGAAGCCCACGCCAGAGGGAUGCUGCACGACGGACGGAUUCUGCCAGGCGGGUAGAGACCUGCGUCUAUCCUCCCUGGUGUCAGAGCCUCAAGACAUGCCCCCAGGAUUCCAGCUGGUAGGGGCCUUGUCUGCAGGCGCACCAGACACCCUGCUGGUGUGUGCAGUCGACCGCAGGUUCCUGCCCGAUGAACGGGAAUGCAACGCACUGCUGGGGUUCUCGGGGAACUGUAUAGGCUGUGGAGAGAAGGGUUUUCGCUACUUCACAGAAUUCUCCAACCACAUCAACCUGAAGCUGAGCACCCAGCCCAAGAAACAAAAGCACUUAAAGUACCAUCUGUACAGGAACAACCAGGGACAGCUGGUCAGAGGGGCUGCUAUCUGCUGGAAGGGCCUCGAGAGCAGAGGGAGACAGACAGUGCCCAACGCCUCUGACGGGCAUGUAACCUCAGACGAUCACUUCCCCAACCCAGCAGUCACCGCUCACCCUGCACACACACCCGGGAACUACACAGCCAGUUUCCCUUUAGAACCCAUUGCCCCCCCUCCCCUGGGCAACGGGAGCCACAUCCCCCUAUCCCAGAAUCCUCUGCCCCAGACUCCCAUACUGUCGAAAGGACCUGGGAGACCCACAGUUAUAGACAAUGCCCCUGCAGUGAGUCUGUCCCAGGGGUCCUCCAACUCCCCCUCUCCUCCCGGGCCGUCUGUCACAGUGCCUGAUCAGCUGCUACACACCUGCAGACUCCAGCCAAUCAUCUUCAGUGGUCAUGGCAGCCUACCUCGGCUGAGUGGUAAGGUGUCUGAUGUGCAGGUCAGUUCCCUGCUCCAGAGCUGCUAUCAGAACUGCCAGGCCCUGCCCAGGGUCUACCAACACUACGGACCCUCUCCCAUACAGCCCCUGUCUGUAGAGAUGCAGAUACUACUCACUGUGUACUACCUGGUGCAACUAGGUCCAGACCAGGUCCUGCUGAUUGAGGACCUGGAGCAGAUCUUCAUGUGUUCCUGGAGAGAGUCCCACCUCUGUGAGAUCCGCCAGUACCAGCAGCCCCAGCCUGGCCUCUCCCUCCCCCAGGCUCCCUACACCCUGCAUGGGCUUCCACUGCCCCAGGCCCAGCCUGGCCUCUCCCUCCCCCAGGCUCCCUACACCCUGCCUGGGCUUCCACUGCCCCAGGCCCAGCCUGGCCUCUCCCUCCCCCAGGUUCCCUACACCCUGCCUGGGCUUCCACUGCCCCAGGCCCAGUCCCUCACCCCCUCCCAGCUGCCCUGGCUGGCCAACCUGGCAGCCUCGUCAUGUGGGGAGGGAGUGGUGGUUCUGGGGGAGAAGGUCUCGAUGGCUCUAGGGCUGUCUGACACCUUCAGUAGGCUGAUGGAGGGACAGCUGGCUCAUACCAACUAUGUGGUCAUCAUCUGUACAGGCAAGGGACAGCAGACAGAGUCUUGCAUGGUGGUGACAGGUCAACACCAGUGUCGUGCCCUGACUGAGGGGAUGUUCAGUUCCAGUGAUAGUCUGAGAGAGAUCAGUCAACAGCUGUCCUCUGGCAUGACCCAGGAGCUCACUACCUUCUGCAACUCUCUGGGAUCUGAAGGUGAUGUAGAUGUGUUGCUGGAGAGUGCUGCUGUGGAGAACAGGAGCCAACUGACCCCCCUGUCCAUCAGUCAGGAGUGUACAAAAGACAGCAGGCCUGUAGACAGACAGACGGACAGAGCUACAGGCAUCCCCAAAGAGCCAGCCAGAGACACACACACAGACCGAGCAGAGAGCCCCAAGGACUCCUGCUCAGGUGAGACACGGGAGGUGCGGCCCAUCCAGUUGGUGGUAGCCAGGAAGCUGCUGUCCCAUGUGCAAAAAUCGCUGAAGUUGGAGACUUUUAUCUCCCUCACCAACUUCAAACAUCAGCUAUCUGAGCAGCUAACCUACCGUGUGGAGUGGCGGGAGGUGCGGCCCAUCCAGUUGGUGGUAGCCAGGAAGCUGCUGUCCCAUGUGUGUGCCAUCGCUGACUCCAGCACUCAGAACCUGGACCUGGGCUCCUUCGACAGGGUCCACUUCCUCAUCUGUGUCCCUCCAUCUGAGGUCACCUUCCAACAGACUGUACUGCAUCUCUGGAACUCAGGUGUCCUACAGAAUCUGGGGUUGGAGCAAGACUGUCUGUCUCAGAGAGAGGCAGAGCGCUACGUGGUGAAGAUGGACCAGGAGGCCAGGGCGCGCAUUGAUGACCUCAUACAGGAAGCAAAAAGGAACCCCAACACACUCUUCAUUCUGGUUCAUGACCACGCUCACUGGGACAUCAGCAGUGGAGGGUAUGGUGCCAGCGGUGGUGACUCCGGCAGUGGGUUGGUGGACAGCCUGCUCAACUCCUGUCAGAUCAGAGACGCCAACAACAUCCUGAUUCUCCACGUCACCUCGUUCCCCUUUGCCCUGCAGACACAACACACACGCAUCAGCCCAUACAACGAGAUACACUGGCCCUCUGCUUUCAAUAAUGAAGUGGAUCUGUACCUUGAAAAGACACAGUACUUUGGUGUGUGUGAGCUGCUGGACUCGACUCGUUCAGGCAGCGGUCUGCCUCUCCUCCGCUACGACAGCACCUUCGAAAGCAUGGCCUCUGUCCUGGAGGAGUGGUUCCCCAAGCUACACAGUGCAGUGAUCCGGACCCAGGUUUUAAUACAACACUACUGUGUGGCCAUGAUGGCCGUGUCGGGUCGGUCUGGCUCAGGGGGGCGGAGCCAACAUAAACACACCUCCGUCGAGACGCUGGAGAUCGUCCAGAGCCUGCUUAGCGCCGCCCAGCGAUGCCCCUCCCACCAUGGUCACAUGGUGCUGAUACGGCUCCCCUCAUUGGCUCUGGCAGGGUGGGCCCACCAACGGCUGGUGCGGAUCAGACAGAGACUGGGGCUGGAGGAGCUCUUUGAGAUCAUCCUGGGAAACCCCAGCCAAACCCUCAGCAUAGGACAGAGCUUCACUGAGCACAUCAAGACAUGGCUGAAGAUCCAGGAGACAGACUGGGUUCCUCGUACCUACCUGGAGCUAGAGGCCCUGCCCUGUAUCCUCAUCCUCUCUGGGGCAGACCCCCUGGGAGAGUCCCUACCCAGAUCACUGAAGUACUGUGAUCUGUGUGUGAUAAGCUCCUCCUACCUGCAGCGCACGGCAUUGGAGCAGGAGCUAGGAUUGGCGGCCUACCUGGUGAGGGUGGAGUCCCAGGGGUCACAACCCCACGGCCACGCCCCCGGCCUGGGCAGGGACCUAUCAGAGAGCGACUCAGACAAACUCAACAGCACCGACAAUGAGGAGAAGGAGGGGGGAGAGAACAGUGAGAGAUGUUCAGUUAAAUUAAAUACAAAUAAAUUAUACUGGCCUUGGUCACAGCGCUCCCUCUGUCCCUCACCCUCCCUCGGUUCUCCAGCCCCCCCGAACCUUCCCCGACAGCAUUGCUGCGGACCCCCUCCAUCCCCACACCACCCCCCAAGGCCCUCACCGCCCCCCAACACCCAGCGCCGGCCCUCCAAGUCCACUUCCUUGGUUUCCUCCUCCCCCCUACCCCCCUCUCUCCUUCAGGGUUGCUCCUGGGCACGGGGGGUGAGCCGCCCCCCUUCCCUGCUGCUGCCCCGGGCACUCUAUGACAUCAUCAAGGCACGCGACGGGAGCGGGCUGCCUCGCUGCACCUCCUUCCUACCACACCGGUCUGUGACCUGGGCCAGCUCCUUCAAACCUCUGCUGAGUAAGAUGAUGACAUGUACAGAACAGUCUCUGUAUUACCGCCAGUGGACCAUCCCACAGCCUCACCACAUGGACAGCAGCAACCGCCCUGCAAAGGGGCGCACAGACAACUUCCAUCCCCGCAGACUGGUGCUCAGUGGACCCCCACAGGUGGGGAAGACAGGGGCGUACCUCCAGUUUCUGGGCAUCCUGUCUCGUAUGCUGAUCCGACUGAUGGAGGUGGACAUCUAUGAUGAGGAAGAUAUCAACUUCAGUGGUCAGCUGGAGCGUGUCCAGUACCAGCCAACCUGUGCCUCCUGGCCAGUCACAGACACACUGAUGGGUAUUCCGUUUGACUAUACCGUCCACGACCCCAAAUAUGAAGACAUCAGCACUGUCUACUGCCCUGACUACUACCCCAACACUGAUGGAAUCCCCAGACGUCAGGAGGACGUGUAUCUUCGGAGGCGUACGGCCAGAAUCAAACUGUCUAAAUACGCAGCCUACAACACCUACCACCACUGUGAGCAGUGUCACCAGUACACGGGCUUCAACCCCGCAUACCAGAUGUAUGAGUUGACCCUGCAUGCCUUCACCUUCUCCCACCUGCUGCUGGGGGAGGAUAUCCAGCUCUACUUCAUCAUUCCCAAGUCUAAACACCACCACUUCAGCUUCAGCCAACCAGGAGGCCAACUAGAGAGCAUGAGACUGCCCCUCACCUCCGAUUGGAACCCAGACUGUAUCAAGAGUCCCAUCUUCACCCCAACAACAGGUCGUCAUGAGCAUGGCCUGUUCAACCUGUACCACGCCAUGGAUGGGGCGGCCCACCUCCACAUCCUGGUCAUCAAGGAGUAUGAAAUGGCUGUCUAUAAGAAGUACUGGCCCAACCACAUUAUGCUGGUGCUGCCCACCAUCUUCAAUGGAGCCGGGCUCGGUGCGGCCCACUUCCUGAUCAAGGAGCUGUCCUAUAACAACCUGGAGCUGGAACGCAGCCGCAGGGUGGAGGGAGGAGGGCCGCCAGCCGACGUCUGGCCCUUCAUCAUCCUCUCUGAUGGCUCCUGCGUCAUGUGGAACGCUGUGGACCUGGACUCACACAGUACCUCAGGCCCUGCAGAGAGGAACGUGUCUCUGAAGCAGGUGCUGCAGCACAUGGAGGCGUGUCCUGGCCUCACACAGUUCGGCCUCUGUGGGAUCAGGAAGUGGAGCAGUCACUCCCCAGGUCAGGGGUCAGGGGGAGGAGCUCGUCACAGGGAGCCUUUCUCCAGAGGACACCUCCACGACUUCCUGCUUCUAAACGUGGACCUGACCCAAGGCAUCCAGUUCAACCAGAACAGGUUUACGUGUGAUGAUGUUGACUUCACCCUGCGAGUCCCGAGUGCUGGUCUGCUCAUCUGUCGUUUCAACAACUUUAGUGUGAUGAAGAAACAGAUCUCUAUUGGAGGAUACCACACCUUCAUCAUCAAGAACAAGAUGAUUAACGUCCCCACCUCGGUCCAGCCGUCUCAGUAUAUCUGUGCCCCGGACAGCAAGCAUCCAUUCCUGGCCACGCCUGCACAGCUACUGCUGGAGAAAUACCUGCAACACUCUCGCCUGUUCCCCCUUAGCACAUGCAACUACACACACCCCAUAGUGUCUGUAGACUGCUACCUCAACCUGGGGCCUGAGGUGACGGUGUGUUUUGUGAGUUCCAGACCUCGCUCCAUCAACAUCUGUACUACAGGGCUGCUGUUCAGCGGCCUGUUGCUCUGCUACUGGGAUUCCUUCGUCACGCCAGGAUUCCUAAAGAACUUUCACUUCCUCAAAGGGGCGGUUCUGUGUGUGAUAUGUGCUGACCGCAGCUCUCUGAGACAGACAGUGGUGAGGCUGGAGCUCGAGGACGAGUGGAGGUUCCGGCUGAGUGACGAGUUCCAGACAGCCAACGCUAAAGAGGACCGGCCCCUCUUCUUCCUCACAGGGAAACACAUAUGAACCCCCCUAACUCCUAAACCCAUGAAUCUCAACCCGUACCCCUCAGCUUGAACCCUGCUGUAGGUUCAAAACAGAAAGGCAAAAACUGUCUGUACACUUCUAGUGGAUCAAGCCAAUAACCCAUGGAGAGAGUAGCUGCUAGUGAAUAUAGCUAUGAGUCUGCGACUUGUAUGGCUCUGUUUACUGUAGCAUUGCUGUGGUAUUUACUACAAUACUACAAUACUCCAAUCAGCCCUCCUCCUCUCUGGUGUGAUUUGUUACAAGUCAUCAUUCCACAGUGCAUGCCACCAUUCUUAUUGUAGAUAAUGAAGUGUCGUUUUUUUUAAAGAAGUUUUUUGUGAUAUACAAUGAUUCAAUAUUUUGCAUAUAUUUUGACAGUUUUGUGUCAUGUAAAAAGUACUUAUCUAUGUAAAAGAAGAUGUUUUCUUCAGUGAUUUCACGCCAGUGUUCUUCAAGAGGUGAGAACUCUUAUGUGUAUUUGGCUCUCAUUUCUGAAGCUCCGUGUUUGUGGUCUCCUGAUUGUCAAUAUGUUGAGAAACUUGAAUUGAUGUUGUCAUGUUCUAUAGACACAAUGUCCUGUGUACUGUUAUGUUUUACAAUGUAUAAAUGUACAUGUUCCGAAAACAGUCUCAAUCUAUUUUACAGUAUCUGCUGUUGGUUAUGCUGUACAUCCGUCCAAGUUGGUGCUCUUCUGAAUGAUGUUUUUUACCAUCAGGUCCGAGAGAACCACUCGGAGUGCAGGCUUUCAUUCCAGCCCAGCACUAACACACCUGUUUCAAAUAAUCAACUAAUCACAGGCUGUAUGUAGUCUGGACCAGGAAUAGUUGAUGCGGGGCUGGAACAAAAGCCUAUGCACCCAUUUGCUGUCCAGGUGCUGGAGUCAUAAAACCCUGCUCUAAACAUUGACUCACUGCUCUUCACACAUCUCUCACAGCAACUCUGAUUUCCCACCACUAGUGGGUGGUGUCUCCCUGUUUAUCCCCCCGCCCCUCCCUUUGUAUUAUUUUUGCUACACAUAGGAGACGCGACACUAUCUGUUGCCAGCAGAGGGCAGCACACACUAUACAUUUAAACUGACGGUCAAUGGAAGCUAUUGCCACUGGGCUCAAGUUGAGGACAGAUGAGAACAAUAAAUCAAGUCCAAUUGAAAUGUGCCUUACUGACACCGAACCGUGUUACCUUACGCCUAAGUUUUCCUCUUAGCGAACCACUAAGAUAAUCAGUCAUUAUGUAAGAGUCUUGUGGCCUACUGUAGUUAUACAGUAUUAUACAACGGGUGGGUCUAAUCCUGAAUGCUGAUAGGUUAAAACCGCAUUCCAGCCAGUGUCUAUUCCACAAAUCUAUGAUUUUAAAAUGCCUUUUUACUCUGUUCUAUCAGACUGCGCAAUCCAUUGUCUCAUCAACCCAGCCAAGAAAUGUAUAAACUUUAUUUCCAGUACAAAAAGCAUCUAGACAUUAUCUCACAUUUCUUUUAGACUAACAUUUAGUUUUCAACAGCAGAGAUUUGUAUAAACCUUGCUGUCUGUCUCCGACAUUUGCAACAUUAUUUCAAUAUUGAAAUUCGAUCUCCAGCUGUUCCAUAGCGAAGAACGUUGGGAGUCGGGACGAGACACAGGCAGUGUU